AUGGAGGAGCAGGGCGACGGCAGCGCGAGGGGCGGUGCGGGGGCGGGAGGUAUCGAGCACUACGCGGACUUCACGCGCAAGAGCGACGCGGUGUUCGGGGCGCUCGGUGGCGACUCUGGCUGGAGGAUCAACGACAAGGUGAAGAAGUUCGAGAGCGGCCAGGCGGGAGGGAGCAGCGAGGACGAGGAGCGGCCGGGGACGUCUCCGUGGGAGGCGGCGCAGCGCGAGCGGGCCUCGAAACGAAAGGGGGACAUGGAGGGCUGGGCAGACAUGAGUUCAGGGUCUGAUGAAGACGGUUCGGAAGGAGACGAACCUGAGGGUGCGGGGGGCGGGCGGGCGGUCAAGUGCAGCGUGAGCGCGCGGAGCCGGCGUGCGUUCGAGGCGGAGGAGCAGGAAGACGCCGAGGACCGCAUGGCGAUGGGCGAGGCGCGGUACCCGGGCGCGGGGGGCCUUGUGGGCACACACCUCCCUGCACUGUCGAGCGGCGACGAGGAAGACGGCGACCGCGGAGCCGAGAAGCCCGCGAACGAGGACAUGUAG